GUCAGAGGAACAUCUGAGCAGACAGACAGAGCCUCUCCACAUCCAGCUGUCCGGACGCUGAUUCAUUUCACCACACACCAGCUCUGGGUGCAAACUCAGGAGGGGUGUUUGGGAAAUUGAAAGGCAUCCUAAAAGGGCCAACCAGGACUCCAUCAUUAGAGAGCUCCAAGAAUGGGAAAAUCAGAGAGCCAAAUGGAUAUCAUGGAGAAAAGCACCAAACCGAGAAAGCAUCGCUGGACUGUAGUGGAAAUCGGACUGUCUGUGAUUGUGCUUCUGAUGAGCUGUGCACUGGCUGGACUCAUAGUGCUCUACACUUCAGCGCUGAGAGAGCGUUUUAACAUAAACGAUUCUUCAAAAGGGCUGAAAUAUCGAUCAGACGCCGACAGCAAUGUCUGUACAACCCCACAGUGUGUCACUGCCGCGGCUCGUCUGCUCCAGAACAUGGACCCCAGUGUGGACCCGUGCCAGAACUUUUAUCAGUACGCCUGUGGAGGCUGGAUCGAGCGGCACGUCAUUCCUGAAACCAGCUCACUCCACAGCGUCUUCAACAUCCUCCGAGACGAGCUGGAGAUUGUGCUCAAGGGAGUUCUGGAGAUGGAAAAUAAGGAUGACAGAGAGGCCUUCAAGAAAGCCAAAACACUCUACAGCUCAUGCAUGAACGAGAUUCUGAUCGAGCAGCGCGACUCGCAGCCUCUACUCCGGCUCAUUGACAGCAUUGGCGACUGGCCCGUGGCUUCAGAGGUCUGGAAUGGCACAUCAGAGCAGACGUGGAGCCUUGAGGACACGCUGGCUGUUCUGAACGGUCGCUAUAAUAAGAAGGCUGUGCUGGAGAUGUUCGUGUGGCCAGAUGACCGCGACUCCAGCCGCUACAUCAUCCAUGUCGACCAGCCAGCUUUAGGAAUGCCUUCAAGAGAUUAUUACCUCAGCGAUGGGAAUUACAAAAAGGUACGCGAGGCCUACCUGGAGUUCAUGGUUUCAAUGGCGAGGAUUGCAAGGGAAGACAGAAAUUUGACCCAAGAUGAAGAGCGUGUGUUGGAGGACAUGUCUCAAGUCCUGGAGCUGGAGACAGACAUCGCUAACGCUACCUCACCAGCAGAAGAACGCAAUGACAUCACUGUGCUCUACAACAAGAUGACGCUGAGAGAAGCGCAGCAAACGUUCAACCUCAAUGGCUUUAACUGGACGCGCUACAUCCAGGGUAUCAUGUCCAGCGUGUCCAUUUCAGUGCAAUCAGAUGAGCCCAUUGUUAUUUACUGCUCCCCUUACCUGGAGAAGCUCAGCGAGGUCCUGUCCAAACACAGCCACAGGACUCUGCAGAACUAUCUGGUGUGGAUGCUGAUCAUGGACAGGGUCAGCAGUAUGAGCCGUCGCUUCAAAGACGUGAGAGCGCACUAUAGAAAGGCUCUGCACGGCACUACAGUAGAAGAGGCUCGGUGGAGAGACUGUGUCCGAUACGUUCAGGGUAACAUGGAGAAUGCGGUCGGAGCUCUAUACGUGCGGGAAACCUUCUCUGGAAACAGCAAACGCAUGGUGGGAGAACUGAUCAAGAAGAUUCAGGAAGCUUAUGUGGAAACUCUGGAGGAACUGAGCUGGAUGGAUGAACAGUCCAAAGUGAAGGCCAGAGAGAAGGCCAUGGCCAUAUCAGAACAGAUUGGUUAUCCCGACCACAUCCUUGAAGAGGAAAAUAAGAAGCUGGACCAGGAAUAUGCUCACCUUAAUUUCAGUGAGGAAAACUACUUCGAGAACAUUCUGGAAAACCUGGCAGCAUCGGCUCAGAAAGGUCAUAAAAAGCUGCGGGAGCCCGUGGAUCCUGACAUGUGGAUUAUUGGUGCGGCAGUGGUCAACGCCUUUUACUCACACAACAGAAAUCAGAUUGUGUUUCCUGCUGGCAUCCUUCAGCCUCCGUUCUUCAGUGAGAAACAGCUGCAAGCUCUAAACUUUGGAGGAAUCGGGAUGGUUAUAGGACAUGAAAUCACUCAUGGAUUUGAUGAUCACGGCCGUAAUUUUGACAAGGAUGGAAACAUGUAUAACUGGUGGAGCAACUACUCUGCUGAACGCUUCGAGGAUCAGUCUAAAUGCAUGGUGGAGCAGUACGGCAGAUUCAGCUGGAAACUUGCAGGAGGCCAAAAUGUCAGUGGUAUUACGACAUUAGGAGAAAACAUCGCUGACAACGGUGGAGUUCGUCAAGCUUAUAAGGCGUAUGUAAAGUGGGUGGAGAGGGAAGGCGAGGAGCCCCGUCUUCCCGGACUGGAUAUGAAUCACAAACAGCUCUUCUUUCUGAACUUUGCUCAGGUCUGGUGUGGUGCUUGUCGCCCUGAGUACGCCAUUCAGACUAUCAAAACAGACCCACACAGCCCUCUGGAAUACAGGGUUUUAGGUUCCCUCCAGAACUUUGAGGCAUUUUCUGAAGCGUUUCACUGUGCGCGAGGAGCUCCCAUGAACCCCGAGGAGAAAUGUCGAGUGUGGUAACCUGCGUUCAGAGUUACAGGGGUCUGUGUGUAUAUUUUGUUGGGACGAGGCAGCGAUGAGGAGAGCUUGGAUCAUAUAAUGUCGUGCUAUUAUUCCGCAGUGGCAGCUGCCUGUCUGUUAGUCUGAUGUGACAGACACGAGCAAGGUGUCAGACACCUACAUGUGUGAUGCAUAGAUGUCUACUGUGAACUUUCCAAAAGCGCACAUAUAACCAACAAGUGCAGGCGUCGUCAACGUGCACAGUGAGGGUGUUGUUUUUCUGAAAAAGAGGCAUGCUUUCUCCUUGUCUAUUUAUGAGCGUUUCCUUCUGGACACCUUAUUAAUUUUGGCACCGAAAACACACGUGAAAAAAAAAAAGCGAAAUAGUUUGAUUGCGACGGAUUAUUUUUUUUUCCAGAUUAUGUAAACGGAUAAAUCCCUCGCUUGGCUUUUCAGUUUCUGUCGGCUCUCCAAGAAGACAUCCGUUGUGCUUGAGCAAACCCGAAAUUAGCCAACAACUGGAGGCUUGGAGGAAGACGGAGAUUGUGGUUUUUUGAAUAGAGCCCAGUCAAGGCAUCAAGUGUCUUUUCAUAAUAAGCAGCCUUGGAAAUAUUUCGAGUGUGCUGGAAGAUUUUGUUUUCUAAAGCAUGCAUUGGCGAAAGCGAGAGUCUCAUUGAGCGCAGUUCUCCCCCCCCCUCUUCUCCAAAAAAAAAAAAAAA